GAACCGUGAUCAUUUGAGUGUUUGGAGCUGUUAGAGUCACUUGCAUCUGCGCAGUGUAGCGUCGCAGACACGGCUGCCAUAGUACACCGCCCGAUCGACGCAACCAUCGCCACCACGAGCCCCCAGGAAAGCCUCCGGAACAGAGAUCAGCAAUCAAUCCAGCCGUACAGCAGCCACCAACAGCAGCUGAUCGCGAUGAAGCCGUUUCACAGCUGGAGCAGCGCGGUGACGAUCCUCACCCUCGCCCUGUGCGCCGGUGUGGCGCUCGCCGCCCCGAACGUGCGCGUCAAGCGCGGCGACGAGGUGGAAGUCAUCGCAGACGCCGAAUCCGCCGUCAACCCGCUAGCGUCCCAGGAUGCGGUAGCCAUCGGCGACGACCUUGACCGUGACAAGCGCAAAGUUCCCGACCCGAAGUACGAGACCAAGAACGCCAUCCUAGGAUUCGUGUUUGGAAAAAUCAACUCGUUCAUCGACGCGAAGACGCGCUUCAUUGACAAGCUGGACCACGCGAACAUUGAGAAGAACAAGCAGCACCACAUCGAGCCGCCGAAGCCGGUGCCCGACUUCCAGUCGCUGAUCUCGUCCGUCAUCACGCCGAAGGUGCAGUUCAUCACCUCCAAGAUCGGUUCGCUCAGCGGCAGCUUCCUGGGCGGCUCGUCCGGCGGCCACGGCGGCGACGACGACCAUCACGGCAACGGCGGUGGUGGCGGUGCGCCCCAGCUCGGCAACAUCGUCUCGUCGCUGCUGAAGCUGUCCGGGCCGAUCCUGUCCGGUUCGUCCGGCUCGCAGCACGGUGGCUCCAACACGGUUUCGCUAGGCGAUCACGACGAUGACGAGUAGGCGGCCCGCCGCUGCGCCCAGGAGCUCCACCGGUCUGUGAGGAAGUGUCCCGGCCAGGCCCUGUCGUGUUGCGUGACCGCUACGGUGGCCACGACGCGACGCGAUAACGGGCUGGGCGUCCCGAUUAAAACACGCAAUUAUUUCAAACGGGGCAACCGCGGCUCUUGCGAACACAUGCUGUUCAGAUAUUCGCAGACACACAUUCAUUCAUCCCCUUGAUUGCUCAUUCAUUCACAAACACACAUAUACACACACAUAUACACAUACGUUGAACGUAACGUACGUUAGGAUAUCGGAAUUGAUGCUUUUAUUUAAUUUGAUCGCCAAAUGCAACAGGAACGGCUGUUGUUGUUUUGUUUUGUUUGUUAGCAAAGCCGGCAUGAAGCUUAGCAAAAGGAGUCAAGAAGAGGAGAUAAAAAAAAUCUAAGAGGGAUCAGAAAAGGGAUUUAAAAACAUAUUUCAGCAUUCUUCACACUUCUACUCACAUCUGUCGUCUUUCUAUCGACUUUCUUUAACACUGUCUAUGAAUUCUCUCUCUCUUUUACUACUCUGUUCUUUCGCCACUAACACAACAGCUUUCACUGUCUUCGUUCUAUCCACUUGUUGACAUUAGUUAUUCGUGGUUAUUAGUUUUUAUAGCCUGGUUAUUAUUCAAAGUUAUUCAAAUUCUACUGACUUUGCUACUGAGAUACAGGAAGAGAGAAAAAGAGCUUAAAACAUCAACAGUAACAAGGGAAUUAAUUGUAGUUUGAGGUUAGGAACAUGCGCAUCAUCCUCCCAUAGGUAAAGCCCAGAUCCAGUGCUGUGCAUAAGUAUAGCAUAACAGUGAUGUGUCCGGAAAAUAAUUAAAGUUUUUUUUUUAAGAUAAGCCCAUAAUAUUUACAUUUGCAAAGCAAGCUUUUGCAGCUCAUCAAGCCACACACACACAUACACACAUGCGCAAUAUAUACAUGCAGGAAUCAUUUUUCAUCCCGUUUGUUUGAGCUUAAGAUGGUAAGGCGUCUUUUUACUGGCGCAACGAAAAGUGUCAUUUGAGCCAAUCACUGGCGUAAGCACUGGAAAUCGCAAUUGUGCAGUUGUUGUAUUUUUCGUUUUUUUGUUGUAAUCGGUUCCUUCAAAACAGUUCCUUCCCUUCUACUGCCGACGAAGAGAGUGCUGCUGUAGGUAGAUUAAAUGCGGCUUUUGAUUCGUAGGGCAGUAGCGUCCAAACACACUAAAUGCUCGUUCCCAACGUAAGGUUCGUCGCUUGUGGGGCACAAUGGGUGAAAGAGCGCUUGUAUUUCUUACUCUCUAUUUAAAACGAUUGGUUGUGGUAGGGUUUCUAGGCAAGCAAACGAAAAUGAACAAAAAAAAACAAAAGUAAGAUGCAAGAGAAUGAAGCAAGAAGGAGCAAGCAAUAGCUAAACACAAAACACGUGCAACUAGUACGCUAGCGAAAAAUAGAACUACCAACGAAUCUUCGAGGCACAGUGCAGAAGAACUCCAGCUCAGUCAGUCACCAUUUUACAAAAAAAAAAAAAACAACAUCGUAAGUAACCAUACGUACGGGCUCUAGUAUGUCUCAUUUUCUUCUAUGUGUAAAUAAUGGAUUAAUAAAAUGCAAAUCUUAUUCACAAAUCUA